UUGAGACUGCAAGCUCACAGGUGUCUCAGUAAGAAGAGAAAGCCACCAUGGAUCCAGUUCUGUUCCUGGUGCUCGGUCUCUCCUGUCUGCUUCUCUUCUCAUUGUGGAGACAGAGCUCUGGGAGAGGGAAGCUCCCUCCUGGUCCUACUCCUCUCCCAAUUAUUGGAAACAUCCUACAGAUAGAUGUGAAGAACAUCAGCAAAUCCUUAGCCAGUUUCUCUAAAGUCUAUGGCUCUGUGUUUACUCUAUAUUUUGGUAUGAAGCCUACUGUGGUGGUCCAUGGAUAUGAAGCCAUAAAGGAAGUCCUGGAUGACCUUGGAGAGGAGUUUUCAGGAAGGGGUAGCUUCUCGAUUGUUGAAAGAACUAAUAAUGGCCUUGGAAUCAUUUUCAGCAAUGGAAGAAAAUGGAAGGAGCUGCGGCGCUUCUCACUUAUGACUCUGAGGAAUUUUGGGAUGGGGAAACGGAGCAUUGAGGAUCGCAUUCAAGAGGAAGCCCGCUGCCUUGUGGAGGAGUUAAGCAAAACCAGUGUCUCCAAGGUCUUGAAUAUUUUCCCUGCAUUCAUUUAUUAUCUCCCAGGGAGUCAUAAGAAAGUAAUUAAAAAUUUUGUUGAAAUAAAAAGUUAUAUUUUGGAGAAAGUAAAAGAGCACCAAGAAUCCUUGGACAUUGACAAUCCUCGGGACUUCAUUGACUGCUUUCUGAUUAAAAUGGAACAGGAAAAGAACAAUCGGCAUUCUGAGUUUACUAUCGAGAACUUGAUGGCCACUGUGACUGAUGUGUUUGUAGCUGGAUCAGAAACAACAAGCACCACCCUGAGGUAUGGACUCCUGCUCCUGCUGAAGCACCCAGAGGUCACAGCUAAAGUACAGGAGGAGAUUGACCGUGUGGUUGGCAGACACCGGAGCCCCUGCAUGCAAGACAGGAGCCACAUGCCCUACUCGGAUGCCAUGGUGCACGAGGUCCAGAGAUACAUCGACCUCAUCCCCAACAAUGUACCUCAUGCAGCAACCUGUAAUGUUAGAUUCAGAGAUUAUGUCAUUCCCAAGGGCACAGAUUUAAUAACAUCACUGACUUCUGUGCUAUAUGAUGACAAGGUGUUCCCCAACCCAGAGAAGUUUGACCCUGGCCACUUUCUGGAUGAGAACGGAAACUUUAAGAAAAGUGACUACUUCAUGCCUUUCUCAACAGGAAAGCGGAUGUGCGUGGGAGAGGCCCUGGCUCGCAUGGAGCUGUUUUUGUUCCUGACCACCAUUGCACAGAAUUUUAAUCUGAAAUCUUUGGUUGAUACAAAGGACAUUGACACCGUCCCAGUGGCCAGUACUUUUGGCCGUGUGCCACCAGUAUAUCAGUUCCGCUUCAUUCCUCGUUAAAGAGAACAGACCAUCUGUUGCUAUGCUAUCACCAGUGAUUUCUUUGUGGGGCGCUGUCCAUCUCCUCCCCACUAUUAACAACACCUCCUCUCUCAUCUCCUUUCAUAUCUCUCCAUUUCCUCUCAAGUCAGUGAGCAUCCAGCCUUCAUCAAGGAGACUUUCUUGAGUCACACCCAGAUUUAUCCACUGUUCUGUACAGUUUGUACACUUAUAUUGGCCACCACCAGUACUAACACUUAAACAGUUAUUAGUAUGUGAUGAGUGUAAUUCAGAAAAAUUCAACUAAACCAUCUCUGUUCUGCAUAUUUCAAAAUAAAAGACAUUAUUACCUGUA